UCUGGCUUAAUAGAAGAGAGCUGAAUUCACAGAUCUGAUUCUGCAUUCAAUCUGUUGUGGAACUUUUGAAAAAUCAAUGGAAAUAAAAGGGAUGUUUUGAAUGUGGUUUCCUAGGAGCCUCUGUUAUCCAUGUGCUUGUAAGCUGUGGUUCAUCUGGUUAAUAAGCUUUUUUAGGUGUGUUUUCUGUAUUUUUGGAAAAAACUCUGCUGAAGAUCCUAAAGAAAGGGCAGCUCUUUUACUGACAAAUUGGAAGGAAUAACUUUUCACCUACUUAGGAUCAGAAGACUAGUUCAUUCUUAGCAUCUUCUGAAACAAAAUUAGAAUGGAUUGGGAAGAUGAAUAUUUCCAUAAUUCUUUUGACCUGCUUAGUUUGUUAAAUUCAUUUCCUGGAGACUUGGAGUUAAAGCAGAUCUUCAGUGACAUUGAUGAAAAGAUAGAACAGAAUGCUGCAAGCAUAGAUCAUUGCAUUAAAGAAAUACAGUCCAAAGUUAAGAAACAAUGCCCAGAUGUGAAGCUACAGACAACAACUGACUGUUUUGAAUGGUUAAAUAACUAUAGUUUUAAUUCUUCCAAGUCACCUUCUAUUCCCCAUGAAGAUUUGAUAACAUUUCUCAAAACACUGCAAGCUUUGUUGAAGAAUGAACAAAAUCAAGAAGAACUGAUAUUGGAUUUACUUUGGGAUCUCUCCUGCCAGAGCAGCAUUUCAUUUCCAUCAACUCUAAGUGGAACAUCUUUCCACUUCCUCUCUAGGACUUCUCUUCAUUCUGUUGAAGAUCAUUCCUCUAUGGAUGUCAAGUCUAUAUGGGAUGAUAUAAGACUACAUCUUCGACGCUUCUUAGUGAACAAAUUACAAAGCCAUAAUGAAAUAAACAAUUUGCAGCAAAAAAUUUUGUUGAAAAAGCAGUGCAUACAACAACUCUUGUUUCUUUAUCCAGAAUCAGAAGUUAUAAUCAAGUAUCAAAACAUACAGAAUAAACUGUUGACUAAACUUCUGCAGAACUGCUUUCCUUCUUACAGCAAAGAGUCAAAUUUAGACACAAUGUUUCAUGGAUACCAAAGCACAAUGCUUAAGUUAUACUCAAUGAUAAAAGAGGAUUUUAACACACUGCAUGAAAUUUUAGCUCCAUCCUCAACAGUGAAAUUUAUUAAAGAAACUUACCUGGAUACUGUUACAGAAGAAAUGGCAAAAUUUCUUGCAAAUUUUUGUGAGCUGCAGUUCAAAGAAAGUGCUGUCCGUGUGAUUAAAACAAGCAAGAGCUCCAGCAGGCAUAGAGGAGCAGUGCAUGCUUUGGUUACUCCUGAAUGCCCACACAAAGGAAGAAACUUUUUCCUUUCCUUAGAUGAACUUGAAUUCUUAUCACAGCUCGUAAAAUCCUUUUUGAAGCUGGAAAAAAAUGUUCAAGAAUUAUUUGAAGAAAUGUUUUUAUCACUCAAGAUACCCUGGAAUAAUAAAUCAGGAAUUAUGGACACAUCCAGUAGAGAAGCUAUAAUAGAGAAACCCGGAGCAAAUGAAACCAAUAUUUCUUCAGAACAAUUGCUACCAGGAAAAGAAGCUACGCUACUAGAUUUUGGCUGGAGAAGUGCAUUUAAAGAAGUGUCUCUUCCCAUGGCGCACUGUGUAAUCACAGCAGUUGAAGAUUUUUCCAUAAAAACUCUCCAACAGGAACACAGUGAAAGGUCUUCAGCUGUGACCUAUGCUAUGAACCUUGUAAAUGUCCAACAUGUUUGGCAAGACAGCGGUGUGGUUCCUGAGGACGACCAACCAAAGAACAUUGCGAAGUUUUGUUCUGACAUCAUGGAAAAACUUGACACAAUGCUUCCACUGGCUCUGGCAUGCAGAGAUGAUUCUUUUCAGGAAAUUAGAGCAAACUUUGUGGAGGCCUGUUGUAAAGUGGCAACAGCUGUCCUGGCGAGGCUGCAAGAGAGAAGCAAGGAGUUUCCUUGCAAAGCACCCCUGAGAAACUUGCACACGUUGCUCUCCACGGCAGUCUACGUCUUCCAGCAUUUUACUCAAUAUGAUAAUUUGAUGAAAGAAAAUACUAACAAACCCAUAUUCCUGGUGCCUGUCCAGCGAUAUCAGGAAUUCAUCAACACUCUACAGUUUCAGGUUACGGACUACUGCGUCAGAGUUUGUGCUACAAGCAUUUUACAGGAUGCUGAGAGCCACCACUGGGAUGACUACAAAGCUUUUUAUGAGGGGGAAAGAUGCUCCUUCUCACUCCAGAUGUGGCAUUAUUUCUCCUGGGCUCUUCAUCAUGAUCUCUGGACCAUUCUGCCCCCCACGCUAGCCCAGAAGAUUCUAGCAGAAGUUCUGGAGAAAUCUUUGGGUCUACUGGCCUCCAGAUAUGCUUGGGCCCAUCCCACUUAUAAGAGAGUUCCGCAAAUAAGACUUGAUAUCACAACAAUUUUAAUAUGCACUGAGAACAUGUUAUGGUCAAUUUGCACAUCUGUGCAGAAACUUUUGAAUCCUCAUGAGUAUAUAGAUGAUAAAAUUUUUAAAAUUCAUACCCAUUGUAAUAAUCUGCUGACAACAUUAGUCAUUUUGACUUCACCAUUAACUGAAUUAUUUCAGACUUUUCAGCAUGGCUUUGAUGAUUCUGCUUCAGAUUCCUUAAAACCAGUUUUUAAACAACCAUUACAUUGGUUUUCCUGCAUAUCACAUUUCUACUCUUCUUUACUCAGGACUCCAUCAGCUGGAAGACUGACACCCGAGGGUCAGUUGAAACUGCUGUUAGCCCAGCCAGGUUGUAACUGGAGCCUGCUUCUGGAAACCCUACUACAUCAUGAUGGUUUGUUACUGAGAAUCUUGCUGAAGAGCUCAAAACGCACUUUUCAAGCACAAGAUUCUGAUACAGAAAAUAAAAUGAUCCAAGUGUCCAGCUUGGUGGAAGCCAUCUUUAAAGUACUAUACUACUGCAGUUUUUCUCCACAAACAUUUGGGAAUGUUUUUGUGAGCUACAUGGAAGAAGAACAAUUAUGGGACUUUUUAUAUAACAUUCCAGUCUCAACAUGCAUGUACAUGGAGUCCGAGAUAGAGGUCAUCCGAUGCUUGAGACUGGCACUGACUGACGCUGUCAAGGACACUGUACAGCAGAUAAUAUCUGUGCUGAGCUCUGGGAGAAACUGUGAGACAAACCUAAACAAGCAUGGUGUUCCUGAACAUCUGCGUGAGAGCAUUCCAAAGGAAUGGAAUUAUAUUCCAAAAGAAACCAAAGGGAAGGAACCAAGCAAAGGCUUCACAAGGCUUGCUGCGCAGGCAGUAUCUAUUGUAAUCAGCAAGUUACCUACGGUGAUUGCAUGUUUGCCUCCCCCAAUUAAAUACUUCUUUUUUCUGUCUGAGAGAAAAAUGUCAAAAAACUUUGUUGACUUGAAGAAAGCUAGCCUGCUUGUCUGGAACUUGAUUGUAAUUAUAUGUCGGAUAUUUGAGGAUGGAAACACUGUGGAACUUUUAACAGGUGCCUCCCUUGACAGAUGGAGUAAAGAGAAACUCGGUUUAAUCUGUGUGUGUUUGAAAGGCAUCAUGGGAGAGCAGACGAGUAGCCCUAAUCCAAUGACCCAAAAGGUCAUACAGAGCAUUGAGCAGCAAAAACCCAACUGGAUUAAAUGCCAAUUGCUGAAAGCAAGGAAAUUGAGCACUGAAUGUGCGUUUAUGACAAUAGAGAAAAGCACAGCCUUAGAAGAAGGAGAUAUUGCUCUUGAACUGACUGAGCAGAAAAUAAACAUGAUGGUCCUGGAUAUCUGCCACAAACCAGGUGGCAGCGAGUACCUGAGGCAAAUUUAUCACAUCAUGCGGCUCAAUGAGGAGUAUUUAAAAGAACAGCUGUUUUCUAUGAAUGGUUCAGAAGAAAAGCCAUUACCCAUCCGACCUUUAAAAACAACCUUGAGGAGUGUGGAAGAUCAGCCUUCUGCCUUUAACCCUUUCCAUGUGUACAAGGCAUUUAGUGAAAACAUGCUAGAUCAGUCAGCCCUCACAAAAUGGAACUGGAAUUGGUCAAACUUGCUGCCAAAUUAUCUAGGACUGGAUAAGAUGACCUUCAGUGUACUUCUCAAAAACAGGUGGGAAAUGAGGAAGGAUGAAAAACUAGAAGAGGAAGAAAAAGAAAUGCUGGAACAUUUAAAACAAAUUUGCAACAUCCAGAACUCUUCUGCCUCAGAUAACACAGAGGAAAAUUAAUCUGCAGAAAACAGCCACAGCUUUAUUUUAGGAAAUAAUCACAUAUAAUGGAGUAGGAUUUUUACUACAGUCAGGAUGAACCUCAGAUGUGCUGUGAAGCAUGAAACCAAUGACUGAGUAAUCUCUGAACUGAGAAGGAAUAUAGCACAUAAAGAAUAAAGUGCUACAUAUUUUUUAUUUUAAAAAUAAUUUCAAAUGUUUUUCUUUCCUCAAUCUUUUUCUUUAG